AUGUGGACUUUUCGCAGGCGUCAACGGGGGCGAUGUGCAAUGCCCGCGCCUCGACCUGGAGCAUUAGCGUUCCUGAUCGCUAAUGCAUCCGUGGCAGAUCGAACAAAUGAUGAUGAGAAUAUAGAAGCUGAAUAUCAUUACGAAGAUGAUGGUCCACCAGCAAAACAAUUGAAAAAGAAUCAUUCAGGUGAUAAAGAUUCAUCAUCAUCAACUAAUAAAAACUAA